CAGAAAUUUCGUUUUUUUCCGCGUCAUUUUUCUUGAUAGAGAGCCGUACUAAAAUGGCCGAGGCGAGCGCCAACAUUGGCGUUAAUUUUCCGCCAUUUUUGAACUCUUCAUCGCCUACUUUCUUACCCUCAAGAACUCUGAAACCCGAAUUCCCACUAACAUCCAAACUCAAACCCAAUACAUGGAGAACAAAGCCGCUGAAUCUAACUGCCUUUGCACCAUCUUCUCGUCUUACUUCUGCGGCUUUUACUCAAACGGAUGACGGGAAGUUUCAGCCAAGAAUUGAAGCUGAUAAUUCAAGGACGGGAAGGGUUUUUUUCCUGGAUGUAAAUCCUUUAUGCUACCAAGGUAGCAAACCUAGUUUGCGCAAUUUUGGUCGCUGGGUUUCCAUCUUCUUCGAGGAAGUUAGCCACAGUGAUCCUGUUAUUGCUGUUUUUGAUGGGGAAGGAGGUAGUGAGCAUCGCAGGCUGUUGUUACCCUCAUAUAAAGCACAUCGGAUCAAAUUCACGAGACCACCAUCUUCAAAAAGAUUUACAAAGGGAAAUUUUAGAACGUCAUACCAAGUGAUAAGAGAUGCUCUAAGAAGCUGUAAUGUUCCAGUUGUAAGGGUUGAGGGUCACGAAGCAGAUGAUGUUAUUGCUACACUUGUGGAACAAGUUUUGCAAAGAGGGGUUCGGGUGGUAGUAGCCUCUCCUGAUAAAGAUUUCAAGCAGUUGAUUUCAGAGGAUAUCCAACUUGUGAUGCCUUUGCCGGAGCUCAACAGAUGGUCCUUUUACACCUUAAGGCACUACCUAGCUCAGUACAACUGUGACCCGUGCUCUGACUUGAGUCUUAGAUGCAUUAUGGGUGAUGAGGUAGAUGGCGUUCCAGGAAUCCAACAUGUUGCUCCAGGAUUUGGUCGAAAAACAGCAUUGAAGCUCUUGAAGAAACAUGGUUCCUUGGAGAAUCUACUCAGUGCUGCUGCAAUCAGAACUGUGGGCAAACCUUACGCACAAGAUGCACUUACAAAGUAUGCCGAAUACCUGCGAACGAACUAUAAAGUUCUAGCCUUAAGGAGAGAUGUUGAUGUUCAAUUUCAAGAUGAGUGGUUAGUUGAAAGAGACAGACGAAACGAUUCGACCAUUUUAUCUAAGUUUGUAGAAAACAAUGACAGAAACUUGCUCGUUCAACCAUCUAAACAGGUCUAAAUCCCACUAUGGGUGAACACAUACAGACAGGUAACUAACAUCAUCAGGUGGGUUAAAAAAUAUUCUAAUCUGAUUUCGCCUCUACUUUACCUCCUUCCAAUUCCAGCUGAGUUUAGACAAAAACAAGAAAAAUUGUUUCAGUGAUUGCAUUGUAGUUACUCAGAAAAGGGAAAGAAACAGACGUGGAAGGAAGGAACAAGAAUUGAGAUGUGUGCUGCUUGUCUUGAUUUGGGUAAACAAAACAAUAGUUGUGGUAAAACUAAAAGUAGUAGGAAAGGCAGAAUGUUCUGAAUUUUAUUCAGAUUCUUGGGGAAUAUCCUAUUAGAAACAGACAGACCCAAAUAGCAAAAGCUGUUUGUUGAUUUUUGCCACUUAUUAAAAAGAAAACCAUAUCAUCUCACUUAUCCACAUUCUUGGAUCUUUCCCUUUCAAUCAAAGUCAAAACACGUCAAAGCUUAGCUCAA